GUCUUAUUUGAUGUGAGGUUUUGGUCCGUCAACGAUAGAAGCCAUGGGAUAAAAAGAAAGAGAGAAGUGAAAAUGGUGUUUAGUUUGAAUUGGUGAGAUUAGAAAAGGGAUUUUGUAGGGCUGUUUGAGCGUUAUAAAUAGUUAGUGGGGAGAAAGUUGAGUGCUCACAUCGAUAGAGAGGAAUCAAAGAGAAACAGAAGUGAGAGAAAUUGAUUUGAGUUUCAGAACAAUGGCCAACUCUACCAUUUUCCUUUGCCUUAACCUCUCUUUACUAAUAUCUCUCGUCACCGCCACUUACUAUCAAAGCUUAGCCCCAACGCUAAUGGGUUUCCGUGAAGACAAGUUCACUCAUCUUCACUUCUUCUUCCACGACGUAGUCACCGGGCCCAACCCCAGCAUGGUCAUUGUCGCCGAGCCCAACGGAAAAGCCAAGGACGCCCUUCCCUUCGGCACCGUCGUCGCCAUGGACGACCCCUUGACUGCCGGACCCGAACCCGACUCCAAACUCGUGGGGAAGGCCCAGGGGAUUUACACUUCCAUUUCUCAGGCUGAGAUGGGGCUUAUGAUGGUUAUGACCAUGGCCUUCACCGACGGAGACUUCAACGGCAGCAGCAUAAGCGUGUUGGCCAGAAACAUGAUCAUGAGCGAACCUGUUAGGGAAAUGGCCAUCGUUGGCGGCACUGGCGCUUUUCGCUUCGCUCGUGGCUAUGCUCAGGCCAGGUUCCACUCCGUCGAUUUCUCCAAAGGCGAUGCCAUCGUCGAAUACGACGUCUUCGUCAACCACUAUUGACACUUAUAUUAUAAUAAUAAUUAUUAUCAUUCAUCCUUUUGUUUUGUUUUAUGCUUUGUAAUUCACCCACCCCAGUCCAAGGACUCGAAUCUAUUUCCUUCUCUUGAGGUCAUUGUCUUAUCAUUGUUACUAUUUCUUAAGCAAAAUGUUUGUUUAACAACGUUUUGUUUGCCAAUUAUUUGAAAACACUAUGUGGCUGUUUUCCGUUAGCUAGUUUUUAAAAAGAAAAAAACAAUACCCAAAUGGUUAGGCGAGGGUGUAUUUGGAAUUCAGAAAUUAUGAAAAUUGGUUUCGCGCUUUUACUAUUCAUCUCUCGUUUCCUCUCAUUUCUCUCGCUUCCUCUCGUAUCUGGAUUUUUGUCAUCUCCCUCGCUUGCUCUCUCCUCUCUCGUUUGCUCUCAUCUCUCUCACUUGCUCUCAUCUCUCUGUUGCUUUCAUCUUUUGGUUGCUCUCAUCACUCGCUUGCUCACUCAUAUUUAAAACCGUA